UUAUGCUGAGCUGUUUUACAUCCUCUGGCCAGUGAUGCUGUGGAUCACACGGGGUUUUGCUCAGCCUGCCUUACUCAUCCUUUGUAGAAGCAAAGCGUUUACGUGACCUGCUUUCAGCACCGCAGCCGGUUGACAGCUCCACCUCGCUCCACAGUCAAGCGGAGAUCAGGCCAGCCGCUUCCCAGCCGAGGGAUUCACUCAAGCGACUAGCAAUAUUCUAGCCUCCGCGGCGGCGCUUGGAGCCCCGGCAACCGAUUUGUUUUUACAUUUUUGUUAUUCGUGAGGAUGGCGUCAAAACACCUUUGCAUCGUUUUCCAUUUUCUCUUUUUCACUCUAUUAAACCAAAUAUCUGCCUUUCCUACACCGACAGCAUCCAGCGAGGUUGUAGAUAAAUCAGUGUACAAUCGACAGCUGACAGAAGAAAGACCACUCCAAGAGCAGAUUGCCGAGGCGGACAGUGUGAAGACUGCGGUCCAUUCAGCUGAGAGCAAGCGACCUGCCGUCUCCAAGGAAUUGGACGGUGAUGACUCGACCGUACUGAAGUCAUCAGCCCAGAGCCACAAAUCCAAGGAGACCACUGAUGAGGCGGAGCAGAAGAAAGAUGAGUACAUACCAGAUGAAUCUGAUUCCACCAAGAGUCGCCGCCUGGCUGAGGAAUAUGACUCGACCAAGAACGGGAUGGAGAAUGAUGAGACAGACACAUUCCGUCAGGUGGACGGCACUCCAUUGACGGCAGAAGACAUUGUUCAGAAGAUUGCAAACAGGAUCUAUGAGGAGGACGACAGAGGUGUUUUUGACCGAAUCGUGUCCAAGCUACUCAAACUGGGUUUGAUCACGGAAAGUCAGGCUGAUACGCUGGAGUAUCAGGUGGCCGAGGCCCUGCAGGAUCUCAUCACCAAAAAUGCCAAAAAGAACGAGAUCGAGGAGAGCAAUGAAGAGGAAGUCGGGGAUGCGGAAGAUGGCCAGGCAACAAACACGCAGAACAAAUGGGAGCAGCCCAGUCGGCGUUACAAUGACGACGCCGACGAGAUUAUGGAUGAGGUGGACAGGGAUGCUGAAGAUGAGGACGAGACAAUAGAUAACACUUGGGACAAAGAUGACGCCGAGGACGACAAUGAAGUCAGCCCCGAGGACGGCCUUCAAGAUCUCCAGUACUUUCCCAAUUUCUACCGGCUACUCAGAAGCCUCAAUUCCGAUCAAGACGCUCAGGAAAGAGAGACGCUCAUCACCAUCAUGAAAACGCUGAUUGAUUUUGUGAAGAUGAUGGUCAAGUACGGCACCAUCACGCCCGAGGAAGGCGUCUCCUAUCUGGAAAAUCUGGACGCUAUGAUUGCAAUGCAGACCAAGAACAAGCUUGGAAAGGCUCUUGGACCGUCAGACUUUGUAGGACCUAACGCGGGGAAGAAUUUGGAGGAGGAUGACAACACCAAGGCUGAGGCUGCCAAGAUGCAGAAGGAGUACGAGAACCUGAAGGACUCCACCAAACAGGAUCAGCCAUCAACCAAUCGGCCCGGCGAAUCCGAGACGUAUCUGGAGGCCAUCAGAAAGAACAUCGAGUGGCUGAAAAAACACAACAAGGAAGAAGGCAAAGGCGACUAUGACUUGUCCAAACUGAAGGACUUCAUGGACCAGCAGGUGGACGCUUACAUCGAGAAGGGCAUCAUAGCCAGGGAUGAGGGGGACACCAUCAAAAGAAUCUACAGCAGCCUGUGAUGUCAUCCUCUGUAGAACUGAACUGAAAUACUAAGGGAACAUUCGUUUGUCACUUACACUUGAUCCCCAAGGCAUGGUAAAGUGUAUUCCUAAUAAUUGCUUACUGUCCUUCAUGUUACAAUCAUCAUCUUGGGGUAAAGGAUGUAAUAAAAUGAUGAAACAAAGCACUAAAAUAAUUUUCUUACUAUUUGCACGGCAAGAGUAAUAAUCCAUUGUUUCGUCAUUGACAUUUCUAUAUUUUUAAAACAUAUAUACAGCUCUGGAAAAUAUUGAGAUCAAUAGCUGACAAUUUAGCAGAAGUCUUUUGAUUCUCUCUCUUUCUCUAAACUCUUUUUUUCUGUUGUUGGUGUAUAUGUGAGAUAUUAUUCUGUCAUAAAGACAUUUGUGUAUUACAUUAUAGUGAACCGUUGUAAUAACACUGGGGGGCCACAGGAGGGCAAUGUGUCAGUCAUUCAUCUUUAUGUACAUGAACAUUUUCAUCUGAGUAGACACAAGAUGAGGUCAUUCAAAAUGUAAAUAUGUGCUUUUUUUUUCUUCCUAGAGUGUGAAAGCAAUUAAAACGUUGUCUUUUC